UAUUGAUGAUAGUGUUAUUUAUAAUGUUGGCAUCAGUAGUUUUAUUAACUUUUUGCUUUUUUACAACGUUUGCAUCCCAAGGUGAUUAUGUCCAGUGGAUAACCUAUACGGGGGAGAUUCCGAAUAAUGCCGUUCCCGGAGGCUCGGACGCAAAAAACAAUCCCGAAUUUAUCGGUCGGGCGUUCUACGCCACGGAUUCUUUCACCGAUGGAUGGACCGAAAACAGUACCGAAGGGUACUUCCCCGGUGUUCUCCAAAAUGGAGCCGAAUCAAUCGAAGUGAUUGUUUACCGAGAACCUCAUACAAUAACAGAAGGAAUUGAAAUACUUGUAGCUAAUGAAGAAACACAUUUAGAAUGGAAAGAAGUGAUGUCCUUCGAAUUUCCUAAAUUGUUCGACGAUCCUCGAUAUCAUCCAGUGAUAGUGGGAAAUGAAUUUCAUGGUUUCCUAUACAAUUCGACCGUUUAUUUAGGAAGAGUUAAUCACCAAGGAAGUGACGUAUUUGGAAAGAUAUUAAAUAUCGCUAAUGCAGGAGAAAAUAAAAUUUUAUAUUACGCUUUUCAAGGCGAAUUCCACACAGCCGAAAAAUACGACGUUUUAGUUUAUUAUUUUUAAGGUUAUAAAUAAAAUUUAUUGAUUUA